UACCAGUACCAGCUAAGUUGUGCAUUUGGGUAGAUUGUAGUGCAAUCGUCCGUAAUUCUCUGCUCAAAAACAUUGAUAACUUAGUAUUCAAAUCCCUAAUAUAGUAUAAGUACAAGAAGUGCAACCAUAGAAUUAUAAAUGCUUAUAUUUCGGUCUUCAGAGGAGGAAAAUUAUUGAGAUUUGUGCUCUUUCUUUUCUUGGGCUAAGGACUGUUUGUUCUUUUGUUAUUUAGUAUCCAUCAAGUGUUUUGAGCGUAUCCUAAAGGAUAAAUCUUUGGAUAUGAUGCCAUCAAAUCCUUAUAUCUGUGGCGACGGAGGGGGUGGUAAUGAAGGUGGAAUAAGUGAUGGAACCACACAGGCUCGAAAUCCUUUACUCUGUUAUGUUUGUAAUGAUUAUUUUGCAGAACCAUGUCUUCUUUCUUGUUUUCACACAUUCUGUGCCAGAUGUCUUAGAGGCAGAUUGAUUGAUGGAAAAAUAACAUGUCCUUUAUGCAGCCAACCAACUCAGCUGAAAGAUAACUCUUCAGUGCCCCCUUCAGAUCUGCUGAUGAGGCAGCUUAUCGAACUUGCCAACACUGAGAACCCACCUUGCGCAAACUGUGAUAAGCGUGACCGAGCGUCUAUGUACUUCUGCAGUACUUGUGGUCAGGCACUCUGCAAUCAUUGCCGUGAAAACACCCACCGGGCUAAAAUGUUUUCCACUCAUGACAUUGUUCAUAUGUCUAAAUGCUCAAAGGAAGUUCAUAGAAGAUGUGCGAUGCACGGUGAGCAGUACAUAAUGUUCUCCAUGUCACAACGCAACAUGUUAUGUGUGAACUGUUUCCGUGACACGCCUGCAGAGGCUCGACUUCACUGUGUAGACAUCGACACUGCAUACACUCAGUGCUCCAAGAAACUGGAGUCUUCUCUCUUGGCUGUGAGGGACAUUCAAACUUCGGUACAUGAAGGUGUGAUGUCAUAUCGCAAUCUUCUAGAGGAGCUGCAGAGAAACACUGAUACAGAGAAGAUGACAAUUCACUCAUUUUGUCAGGGCAUGCAGGAGGCGAUCAACAAGACCCAAGCUUCAAUGGUUCUAGAAGUCCAGAGGCAAUUUGAAGGAAAAGAACGUCUGUUCAAGAGUAGUUUGGUGGCGUUGAGCACUGUCCUGCCAAUACUGCAGAUGCACUUGCUGCUGUGUCAGAGCUUCAUGUCUGCUGCGAACAAGUUCCAGUUCCUGGACCUGGCCUACCCUAUGAUGGACCGUCUGGCCUCCGUCUCCCAACUGUCCCAGCCUCUCAGGCCUAUCCAGUCUAGCCAGAUCCGCACUAACUACCGGUCAGAAUUUGCACACAGCUUGGAGCCAUGGAUUGGCAAAUUGGCAGUCAGUCACCAUCACCAGCGACCUGCACCUGACAGUGCUGCCAAUAUGAGCCAGGGAGGGGGUGAGGGGACCAACCCUCCUGUGUCUGCCACACCCACCAAUCUCCAUCCUGCACCCUCCCGCAAGCAGCACUCAGCAUUAAAGGCCAAGGCGUUAGAGGGAGAAGGUCCUUUCUCAAACCACUGCCGAAGUUUUGACACACAAAUGAAAGAGCUGGGAGUGAAGCUGAAUAACGUGCGAGAGAGACUGUGCGAGUUGCAGCGAGAUGUGACUGUACUGCGUCGUGCUGCUACACCACCACUUGCCAAACGACAUCUUAGUAUUGCACGUGACUGUGAGCGUCUGGAUGACACCUUACAGCGUUACCAUGUGGAGCUGGACCGGUUGCGCUCAGUCUUUGAUACUCUCUGGCAGGAACAACUCUAUCGGAUUCAUGUGGAACAAGACAUCUUCCGCACUCAGAUGUCUGACAUUGUGAACUUGAGGACUGAGGUGAAGAGCUAGCGCACGUAGCAGCUAGCGCACGUAGCCCAGCAGCUAGAACCUUACGUAAAGUCUCUGUCCCAGACCAACCUGGAGGACAUGGCUAACCUGCAAGCCCUCAUAGAUCGCAUAACUGUUAUGCAACAAAGUGCUGACAACCAAUUAAAAAAAUAUUUAAAAGUGGAAGAAGACUUAAGUGUUCUGAUUAGACAGUCAUGCAUGGUUACUAGUAUUGACUUCUAUAAUUGUUUCAGAAUGGAUUCUUUGCUCAAACCUCAAGAUUUCCGAGAACCGCCUCAAGUAGUAUCUCCUACUGCAGAAGAGAUGAUGUUUUUGAAAGGUGAGAGCAGCAAGAUGGAGAUGCCGGUGAGGGAGUCUGCUCGCAUGAGAAUGCACAAUACUAGCAACAUGCUGGACUCGCACUUCUACGGUCGAGGCCCUCCUGGCAUGGAAGCAAGGGGGUCUAGAAAUGUCAUCAGCCAACUAAUUGAAAAGGUCCGUACUAAAGAAGAUAGGAAGAAGUCUCCAGUCCAAGAAGAGGUGCGGACUCCUUUACAACGAGAACGUAGCAAAUCAGAAGGCAGAAGUAAAGAAAGUGUUCAUGGUAAGGGUGAACCGUACCGAGUAAGCAGUGCUGGCCCCAGCUCGGGGGGAGGGAAGGUGGCAUCUCUGUACCACACCAUUAGCGGAAAGGUGCUCGGUUCCCGGGACUCCGGCUGUAAUGAAGUGGGAGGCAUACCUCCUCCCCCACCUUCCCGUAGAUCAGAUGACUCAUCACAGCCUUUACUUGGUGUUACUUCAAAGACUGACCAUUCUGUAGCUCUGAACAAUAUUCGUGAACAUUUGGAGAAUCAUUUGAAACAGAAAAUCAAGCAUGGUAGCCGCACUGCUAGCAGAACUCAUCUAUAUCAAGGGGGAGACGAAGAUGAGGAACAGUACCAGCGCAUUGCAGAUGCAACAAGUAGUAGGGCAGGAGGAGAGACUGGUAGCUCAGUGAUGACUCAGGCUAUGGUACAUCCGACCCCAGCUUCUCCCUCUCGGUCUCACCCCGUUUACCCCCACUCUGACACUGAAGACUCUGUAUUCUACCCUGACACUCCCAGUUCAGGGAGACGUUCAUCCAUGGACCUGAUGGAUCGACGAAAGACUCUAGUCGUAGUCAUUGGAGCUGGGAAGAGCAAGGCUCGCCUGAUGCAAAAACAGCGCUCCUGGGAAACAUUUCCUCCAAAGAAACGACAGGACAUGAACUCUUCAAAGUUUUGUCGUGAUCCUGAUUCGUUCAGGGGAGGUUUUGACUUGGCCGGUUUGAAGAAAGCAGACAGUUUUGAGGGUCACGAGGAAGCAGUGCGUACCUUGGUAGCUGCGGUUCAGGAGACUCGGACCUUGAGGAAACCCAAGUCACCGGCUCCUUCUACCCCGACUUCUCUUUCCGGACGGCAACCACCCGAGUAACCGAUUAUGUUACUAGUUACCAGUACUGUAGUUGUUACCGUGUAGAUAAUGUUUUAAACCAAAGAGCUUAAUAUUAAUGAUUAAUAACUUGUCGAGUCUUUUACUUGCUUAUUAAAGUAUAUUGGAAAGCACUGUUUGAUGAGAUGAUUAUCACGUGUUACGAGUUGUAGUUUAUUGAAAGAAAAAUCCAUGAUAGUAGCUUCUUAGAAUGUGAUAUAUUAUACACUUGUUUUAGAGUUUAAAUUAUAUGAUACAGUAUAUUAUAAAAUUUUGUAAAUAUAUAUUAAUUAUUAAACAAACCAUAAUCAACGUGUUGGUUUGUGAUAUCAGUGCAUUGUUGAUCAUUGUUUGUGAUUUUAAUACAGUACAUUUUUAUCAGAGUAUUGAUUAAAAUUUUCAUCUCUUAAACAUCAAACAUUGUACUAUAUUGAUUAUUCAUUUUAUAAUUUUUUGUUCCCAAUCAUUACAUCUUAUUCUAUCCUGAACAUUAAAUCUAUUUCAUUAGUAAAUGUUCUAUUAAAAUGUAAGUGAAAGUAUAUUUUACAUUAAAUAACCAUCUCAUGUGUUCAUCUCUACAUCUAAAGCUUUUGUUUAAUAGGGUUGCAGUUUGCAAAUUUUUUCAGCCAGUUAAUAAACAGUUAAUAAUAUGCCUAUAAGGCAUAAAAAAAACAUGCAUGAGAAGUUUCUAUAUAGACGUCACAUGUAAGGACUGUCACGUAUGAUUUGGUCUAAACCUGUACCUUGAAUGUAAGCAAUGAGAGUUAGUGAAACUCUUUUUUAUUUAGUUAAAAAUGUGAAUUACAUUCCUGUCGAUAGCAGUAAUGUAAAGGGUAAAGUGAAAAUCUUAUUUUCGAAGGCAUUUUAGUUGACACUUGGAACCUCUUAUGUAAAGGUGACAUCUGAACUACCAGUAAUGGGUUUGUGAUAAAAUAUCUCUCAGCGGUCACUAAUGUGAGGACUAGCUAAGCUCAAUGGUACCUAUCUUAGCAUUAACAGGAUGCACUAGGUAAGGCCAUUGGCAAUGCACUAAUGAAUGAGACAUGAAAUUGAUACUUGGCAGUUAAGAUCUAAACUUUAAAUUGAAUUCUGCAACGCUUGUAGUAAAAUUUAUAAUUGGGUAUUGAGAGCCCAUUGCCAAGGAUAGUUUUAUCUUCCCUUCAGGGUGGGAAUAGAAGUUUAACCUUACCAAAUUAGGUUAUUUUUGUUCUUGCAAUAAUGCAACUAUGUCAUUAAGAACACCCAUAAGCCAUAAUUCGUGUAAGCAUGAUCAUGAUUUAUGUUUAUUUGACAUACAAAUGAAAAAGUAAAUCAUACAUAAAAUAUAAACACUGAACGCUUUGUCAAAAAAGUACUGGGUUCUUCAGAACUUUAACCUAUACAUCAGAAUAAAAUAACAAAUUAAUUAAUUUGUCAUACUGAAGAAAUAGGUUUAAAACAGCUGAGUAUUGGACAAAGCCAUUAACAUCAUUAAGGCAUUAUUGUGGUCCAAGACUGAUGUCGGCUUGAGGAUUGUGAGCAUAUUAUCUUAAUUCAACCUUUACAUUCAACAUGUUGAACUAUACACAUACAGGUACCUAGUUGCACUAUAAUUAUGUAGUUAAUAUCUUGAUUGCGGCACAAGACUGAUGCUGACUCAAGGGUGAUGAGGAUAUAAGCUGGUUAUGACCUCCACAGUCAAUGUGUUGAACCAUACUUCUCUAGAUGUACUAUAUGUUGCUAACACUUUCACUGUAACACAAGACUGAUGCUGACUCGAGGAUGGUGAGGACAUGACCUCCAAAGUCAAUGUGUUGAACCAUACUUCUCUAGAUGUACUAUAUGUUGCUAACACUUUCACUGUGGUACAAGACUGGUGUGUACUCGAGGAUGGUGAGGAUAUAAACUGGUUAUGACCUCCACAAUCAAUGUGUUGAACCAUACUUCUAUAGCUGUACUAUAUGUUGCUACCAUUUGCACUGUGGCACAAAACAGAUCAGGACAGUGAGUAUAUUAAUUGGAUAUCUCCACAGUCAACUUGUUAAACCACACCUCUCUAACUGUACUUCACGUAGUUAACACCUUCAAUGUAGCAUAUGACUGAUGCUGAAUCGAGGAUAGUGAGGAUAUUGAUAUGACUUUCGCAGUCAAUGUGUUAAUGAACAGUCCAACAAUAACUCAUGUAUAUGCAGUGUUAGCAUAUCCAGGGACAUUACAGUUUAUAUUUUAUUACUGUAUGAUGCAGUCUGUUGACAUCUGGCCAGCACUGUAAGUAAAGGUUACUUAAGAGGACUGCUCUCAUUGUAAUUAUGGUUUAAUUCUUCCAAUAACUAGACAUUUCUGAUGUAAGGUGUUGUUACUGCAGUCCUGAGAAACAGUUUGCAUUCAAUAAUAUGUCACAAAGGUUUAGUCUUGAAGCAUUGCCCCUAUAGCUGAAGGCCUAAUCAGUCCUUAAGUAGACAGGCAGUUCAGUUGUUUUUUAAAUAUGGCAUACCUACUUUGACUUAGUUGUUAGACAAGAUGUUUGUUUUCUGAUUGAAGGUCUUAUUUUGUAAGUCAUACAAUAUCUUUAUAUUUUAUUUAUCUUGCUAAAUAAUAAAAGAGGAAAUUUAUAUUUUCUGUAAUAUAUGUAGUAAUACGGAUAUCCGAAUCAAAUGGCGUCAAAAGGUUUAUUCUUCACUAACUGUUUCUUCCUAGAUAAAAAAGAAUAUUUGAACGCAUGGCAGCAUUCAGUCUAGAAGUGCCACCCUUUUUCCAAUUUGGUAAAUUUAUUGUUGACGUAAAUUAUUUGUCUUUAUGUUUCACUGAAUUUACAGCUAAACUGCAUCCCUUAAUAAUUUUUAUUUGGAUCCUAUUCAUUAUUUUCCAUUCGACAAUUAGUUAAUAUUUAUUGUUUACAGUCAGCGAUGUAUUGUUGUAAUCUGUACUUCUAUGUCAUUGUCUAUCACUGUUUCACUAUGUUUCUACAUUAUAAAGAAAUGUACUGUCACUAAAAAUGAUAAGUUAUCACUAAGGAGUUGUAAACUUAAAGCUAGGUAUUAAAAUUUAAAAUAAAUAAUCAAUAUUUAUUACGUCUACUAACUGUCAAUUGUACAAUUUAAACAGCACAUGUAAUUGUUUAUGUCUUGAAUAAUUUUUUAUUUCAAAUUAAAUGCCAUUUCGUAGCAUUUUUGUUAAAAACAAUUAAUUAGUACGAUCUAUUUAAAUAAUAUGUAAAAUAUAUUUUAAUUUACAUAAGGCACAUUACACAAUGUUCCUGUAUAUUAAUCUAGGGGUUUCAGAUUUUUGUUAAAUAAAUAAAUUCUGAAAGAAAACAAAAUAGCAACUAAACAUGUUUUCUCUUUUAAAAUGAGUUAAGUCUAGUGUAAGAUCAUCGUUUAAAAUGAUGAAUUCUCAACAAGAAAUAACAACAAUUUGUUUCCAAAUUAAAAACAAAGUCCAAUAAAUUUAUGUUUUAUUUUAUUAUGUAAACAAGGAAUGGCAAUUUGUGUACCAGUUUCUUUUGUAGCCACUAUACGAGGCAUGUUUGAGAAAUAACUACAAUUUUGAUACUACUGUACAUAUCACCUCAUGCUUGUACUCUGCUAUUGUCUAUAUGUAGUAAAAUUGAUAACAGGAUAAUAAGAACUCUGAAUUAAUAGUCUAUUGUUUUACGAACAAAAGACAUUAUAAUUAAUAUGAAGUACUUGGAAGAUGUAUUAUCUUCAUAUGCUUCAAUAAAAGAUCUGGAGUUUUUCUGCAUUGUAUAAUUUUUUGAUAAUAUAACAACUUAUAUAGCUUACUCAAACUUCGUAAAAGUUUUAAAUAAAAUGAUUAUGCAUUAUAAUUUGUUAUUACAUGUUCUAUAAAAUGUAACAAUACCUUGUUUAUUAAAAUCGGUUCAUAUAAAAAAAGAUUUGGAUCUUUUACUUUUUGUAAUUGUAUUUAACAUUUAAUGUCUCGACAUAGGAAACCACUUCCUAACAAAAUUAAUGCACAAAAAAAUUUAUAUAUUUGAGUUAGUAAAACAUCUGCCAAUUAAACAAAACAAUCAGAAGGUUUUUUAAAUAAUUAAUUCAAAAUAAAUAAAAAAAGUGGUAGAUUAUAACCAAGCUGAAAUUUAAAAUUACAUAAAACACUUUUGAGUUAUUUUCAUCUGAUAACGGUUCUGAAUAGCUACUAAACUGUUUUAUGACAUAUGUGGUGUGUCCUAUAUACAUGUACACACACAUAACGCAUGUAUCAUAUCGUACAAAGACUAGACUAAAAAAAAAUAUAGAUGAUACUUACUAAAUGUCGAAGUCAUUUCAAUUUUCAAAAAGACAACCUUUGUCUCGCAAGCAAUUAUAGUCCAGUUUCAAUACUUCCAUUUUUAGUAAAAUAAAAAUAAAUUCUAUGAAGGACUUGUUAACUGUCUGAAAAAUAAUGAAAUUCUAAAUCCUGAGCAAAUUGCAAAGAUAAAUCCACAAUUUACAUGGUGAAUAACCUUUUGGGCAACGUUGUCGAUGGAUUGGAAGGGCAAGAACAUGGGUUUAGCAUAUUUCUAGACCUUUCCAAACAUUUUGAGUGCAUGCAUUAUAAGAGACUGUUGCAUCAGAUGCACUCUUGCCUGUUGCAUGCUGCACUAUGUGUGAUAAAUGCAGGGUUUGAUGUCUCCUGCAUUAUUGCUCAUUUAUCUUAAAGAUCGAGAUCAAUGUGUAGUGAUUUUGAAUGUUAUUUUAAACAAUAUUAAAAUGACCCAUGGUAUCCCUCAGGGUUCUGUCUUGGACUUCUUCUAUUUUUGAUCUAUGCAUGCAGAUUGAAUUCAGUUAUUCACCAUGAGAAACUAAUUCUAUAUGCGGAAAACAUGGCUCUGCUUUAAAGCAAGUCAACACAAGGUCUUGAAAUCCCUUUUUCAUUCAUGGAAUUGUAUUCAUGCAAUCAGUACUUCACUGAAAUGAAACUAAUUGGUCAAAAUCUAGUAUCAUCAACUUCUGUGUUGGCUGCUUGAUGAUGUAUUGCUGCCGGCUGUCUUUGUGGAUGAGGUCCUUUUAGAGGAAACAAACUCCACAAAGUUUAUUGGAAUAUCCUUAAUAGAGGAAUGAUCUAGGAUGGUCAUAUUGAUACUGACUGUGUUAGAGUUACCUCUAGGAUAUAUGUCCUACAUCACCUAGGAAAAUUAUGUUCCCCAGAAGUUGAAAAAUAGCCUAAUGUCACCUAAUACAAUCACAUUUUGCAUAUGGAGUAAGACUCAAAGGUAGUUGUGCCAAAAGAAAAAUAGAAUGAAGCUUCAGAUUAAGGCUGUGAGAAUCAUUGGCAAGUUAUUUUAUAAAGAGAUGCGGCAGGAGUGUUUCAGGGAGCUGGAGUUAUUGAUUCUGCCCUAUUUAUAUGUUUUUGAAGUGUCCCUGUACUGCCAUCAAGAUGUAAUUUGGUUCACGGUGGGGAUUUUAAGUGUUAUUAAACAAGAGGCAGAGACAAAAUCCGAACUAAGCAUCACAGGCUGUUAUUAUCACAGCAUCCACCACAAGACAUCGGUGUCAAACUAAUCAACAGGCUCCAAGAAAGUAAUAAAAAUUGCAACAAUCAAAAUCAGUUCAAAACUUGUAUCAAAUGUCUUUUGGUGUCUAAAUUCUUUUAUUUGGUUGAUGAGUUCAUGAAGAGUAGCAGGGAUUUCAAUAAGAUAGUGGAUUUGGAAACAACGUGAUUGUUGGAGGAGUGAAUGUACUCGUAUUUAUACGAGUUUGACUGUGUGUGAUAUGCAAAGAUUAGGUGAUUUGUAAUGUGGUAUGAUUUAACGAUUACAAGAUAAUGUAAAAUUGUCACCAAAAUGCAAUAACGGUAUUAUGCAUGCGCUAUUAUAGGGCCAAUAGGAGAAUGGGUCUGGCUACAGAAUGUAAAUAGCAUUAUAUUAAAUUAUUGUUAUUUUAAGUCAUUUUGUGAGGUCUGUCAAGAAAAUAUGUACAAUAAAGUAUAUAUUCCUUAUAAAGUAUAAAAGUACUUAUUCCUUAUAAAGUAGAUAGACACAAGGAAUAUGUUUUAACAUGUAGUUACACACCUCCACAGCAAAAUGCUGCUAAGACAGAUUUUCGUUAAUACUUUCAUUGUUUUUACGCAUAUGUUUAGAAACAAUGAUUGACAAGAUUCAGUUAGUGUCCUGGUAAGGAAAAGAAAAAAUAUUAGACACAAUCAAUAAGAUAAAAUUUUGAUGUAACCUGUGUGAUAUUUCAGUCAUUAUAUGAAUUUAAGAUAAAUUUUAAUAUUUAUUAUUUGUCUUAUUUAAGUUAGCGUUUUAUUUCUAGUGAUAAUUGAUUGUAUGGAAAACACCUGAAGUAUGGAUAGCUUAGCAAGGUAACCCAUCACAGCAAAGUGUUAUAACACAAUACUUUUAUUCCAAAUUGUAUCCUAUACUCAACCAUAUAGCUUCUUUGUCAAACAAUUAUAAUCUUAUUUCUAUAUUAAAUGGCAUAAUAAAUCACAUAUAGUUUUAUAUAUUCUAUGUAUGUUUUAAGAGAAGAUUUUCGUAAAUUGUGUUAAUCUUAUGGCAUCUUAUUAUCAGUGUAAAAUAAAAAUAAAUUAUAGGCUAUGUUUAAUAAGAAUGUUUUUACUCCUAAAAAGUUGAAAUAUCAGUUGUUUGUUUGGGGACCAGAUAUACUACUAUUGAAGAUUUAACAUUAGUUUAUUGAAAGUUCUGGUUUUCUGAUGUGUAUAUUGAAUCAUGGUGUAUUUUUUGGUUUGUUUAUCUACUUUAUGAAAUAUUUGGAAGAAACAUUAAUUUUUUAAAAUUAAGACUUUGAUAUGCCUUUAUUACAUCAUUUUUGUUACAAUCACUCCAUAAUGAUAAUUAUUGGUUGCAAUAAAUAUUUAUCAAGUACA